AUGGAUCAAACCAAGCGCUCCUCUGGAGCAACUCCUUCUGUCGACGGUGAUGGACCGAAUACAAAGAAGCCUCGAUUACCAACGGCCACUGAGAUGGAAGAAAGCGCCAGCUUCUACGCUACUUAUGAAAGCCUCGCAGCAAAAGUGUGCAAAAUAUCAGCUCAGAGAAAAGGACUAUUCAAAGAUUUGCUAGAGCUUGAAAGGUCCGGAGAGCCCGUGAUGCGGGAGUUCGACAAGAUGACAGAGAUUGAGAGGGAGCGGCAGACGAUUCAACCAGCUGCAGCAGCACUCCCGCCCCGGAAGCCUCCGCCGCAAGAACAACCUCAAGCCCUUCCCACAUCCCCGUCCCAAAACAUCCCGCCCCUAAAUCAGCCUCAAGCCAUUCCCAUAUCCCCGUCCCAAAAGCCUCCGCCCCGAGCUCAGGCUCCCAAGUGGGCAGCGUUGGCACUAGCCGCGAGGGCACGCAAUGAUCUUGAGGAAUCAGGCGUCCAAGAUCGGGACGAGGCAGCGGAGCGAACCGAGCAUCCUGUUGAGGCGUGUAUCAGACGGCCCAUUAUCGAGAGAGUCAAGGAGGCGGGAGAGACCUGGAACAUGGGCGUAUAUUCUAAAGACAUCAAAACCCCUAAGUGGUUUAUGACACUGGUUGUCAAGCCCGAUAAUGAAUGGCAGAAACGGCGUGGGGACGCGUUGGAACCUUUACUCUUUGGGGAUUCGAAAUCCAACCACACCGCCCUCCAAUUGUGUCAUAACAACCUCAGUUUUGCCAAGUUCAUUGACAACAGCAUUCAUAUGAUUGAAGCUCGGGAAGACGUGGCAUUGUGCCUGGAGAGCCUUGGAAGGUUGCAAGAGGCUACGGACUUGCGAUGGAUGUCUCUGAAGGAACGGAUGGAGUUAUCCGGCACGCCUGGUAAAACGCGUGCAGCGGAGGAGCUGGCAGAGAACAUUCUUUGCUGGAACAGGGUUGAGGAGAAAGUUGUUGUGCAUCUGGAGGCGUUGAUGGCCAUCCUGAAUCUGCUCAAGAAACCCGUUCUGAUUGAUCGAUUUGCUGAGCUGAUCCCGGAUGGCGCCGAGCUCGUUUCGGAUGACAUCGAGCUCGUGGGUUCUACGCCUCCGGCGCAAGAGGACGACCAACGGCGGGACAAUGCGGAAAGGGCCCAAGAGAGUCAAGAAAAGGCCCAGGAAAUACAAGUUUUAGAUUUAAGAACGACCCGGACGACAUCCCCCGGAUCCGGAGAGUUCGAUGAUCCUUCUUAUCGCACCGUCACGAUGAGCCGCAGGCUGCGCGGGGUGAAUGCCAUGGCAUUCCUCGAAAGCAGCGUCGAUUAUGAGCACAUCAAAUCGGUACACAGCGUCUCGAUCAUGGACCUCAUCGCUCCCAAGGUGGAGAUUGCCGAGGAGAAUGAGGAUGUCCAGGACUCAGCGCCUAGCGUCUGUCUGUCCCGUUUCGAGAGCCCGCGCAUAGUUCUCGAGAUCGACACAUUUUUCUGGCUGCCUCUGACGAAUUGCCUGCGCUUCCGGAUCCACGACAAGAAGACCGACAAGGCAUGGCAGCCGUUCGUGCUCUUCUUCAGUACGACUCCGCACGACGACAGCGACAUCACUCUGCACGUCCGCAGCAUGCGCAAGAGGGCGAACAAGCUCCUGGACCCUGUCUUGGACGUUCUCUUCAGGGCGAUAUCGGACACGCCGAUUCUCGAGGACGCUACGGUCGUUCGAGGCGUAGCCUAUAAGGGCUUCCGGGACGACCAUCUGUCCGUGCAAGAUGGUAUGGUGCAGCUCUACAGGAAGAGAAUGCAGAAGGCCUGUCCGGAGCUCGUUGAAUACUUUACGAAAUAG